AUGGCUACGGCUGCGGUGCUGAGGCUGCUGGACGGGCAUACCCGACAGGCGGCUUUCGACGCCAGCCUCGCCAAGCUCAAAGCCGCACCACAGGGGAUCGACACCGACGCCCUCGACAUUUGCGUUCGACUAUUGCCUACCAACCAAACCGACGGUGGCGCUGCGAGCUCUCUGCAGCAUACGCAGCUAUGGGCCGUCGUUUUGGGCCGCCUUGCCGACGAAUCGUCCACAGACCGUCUCUACACGGUCGCAGAGCUGUGUCUCCACAGCGAAGCGCUUGUGGCUGCUCAUCUCAAAACUGGGCUUUACACAGCCCUCUCUCGAUCAAGGCACGAUCUUCCACGCGAAGACCCGGAAACCCUCGAGCCCGCAAAAGCAUACCUUGGGUUUCUGAAAUGCUGCUUCUGGGUCCCAGGGGCGCAGAACCAUAUGGUCGAUGCCGAGACCCUUGGUCUCCUAUCCAGCUUUGUCAGUGUGGACGGGCUAGAUGGGAUUGCACAUGACACCUUGUCCGCUUUCUUCUCAAUGUUGAAAGACCGAAGAGUAGACUCACCCAUCGAGCUCAACCGCAUCAUUGACCAGUCACUGUGGAGCCAGCUCAGCACUCUUGACGUGAAGCGUUUUGCUGCGAGAUCAAGCAACAUCUACCGGACGUGGUUCCAAUGGAUCUCGCUCGCGGCCUCUGGUGGUCUCAAGUUCGAAUGCGUCAAGGACGAGCAGUACUGGAAGAAGCUGAGGCUCGGUCUCGUCAAAGGCCAUGCAGAUCAGCGCAAGUACUGCCUCGGCAUCAUUCGACAGUCUCUCCUCGCUACAACAGACUGCAUUGAUACCCCGUCGAUGCAAUACACUGCAAGUCGCACAGACCGAGAAAGCUACGAUCUCUACUCGACACUCUUUGAGACGAUUGUUCUGCAUCGAUACACUGGGCAAGUGGAAGAUUCUCUCUUGUCCAUGACCAGACUACUCGGAUCUUCAAAUGCACUUCCGUCGAAAGUCACUCCGGCUAUGACAAUCACCCUACUCACUGCAGCUCUCGAUCCAUUGAUUCAAGAGAGUGUCAGGAAGACGAUCGGUCGCUGGUAUAUGGACUUUGUCACUCAGGGGCGUGGCGACAUCAGCGGCCAUAUCCACUUUCUCUUCGACGGCUUUCUCCCAUGGGCAACAGACGGCAGCCUCUUCACAUCAACCCUUACCGCCACCCGCACCAAAACCGUUUGCGCACACGGAGAAGCGCUGGCUGCUGUCAUUGCACGAUUCGCAUCCCAUACUGAAGAUAGUCCAUCAUUCAUACCGUCGAAUGACUACAGCAUCCAAGAAUACGACGUGGACAACCGCGGUGGCCGCGCCAUCUUGUUGGGCGUGGUUCGCUUCAUCAUGAAUGCUCGGGGUCGAUUAUUCCAGCCGGCGAUAAUGUACCUCUUGAAUGGCCUCAUACGAGGUCUGACGACGCGACACGAAAAUUCGCUGGCGCGUCAUGAGCUCGCGUCCUCUGAAGUUGCGGAGAUCUUAAGUCUCGCAAGACUUCCGGGCCUUCCAGAAGUAGCGAGCGAUCUGCACAGCAUUCACUGCCGAAAAAUAUGCAGCCUUGUUCGGUCUGAUUCGGGUUCCGAGAUGAUACCGACAGAGGAGUCUCUCCGUGAUCGUUGUAGGAAGCUAGAGGAACAAGUGGAUCAAUCCGUGCCAGCGACCCUUUCGAAUCGCAAUGACAAGAAGCCGCUCUCCCUACCGCUUUUCUUGCAAGACUUACGUGAGUCAAAGCAUAGCUGCAUUCAAGGCCCUGCUUUUGCGCCGGCCUGCAAAGCCUUGACUGAUCUACUUGAUCAGGCAGAUGUCGCUGCUAUCGAUCCCGAUGAGUUGCAUACCGCUUUAGCAGCCCUUUGGGAGGAGGCCGAAAUACGCGACUUCAUUCGACCAUUCGCUGUUCAUCUUCCGCCUUUGCUCUUCCACCCGACAUGCAUCCACAUCUGCGUCGCGCAACGCCAAAAUGACUCUGAAGCAUCCAAUGCUGACCUCGCCAAUCUUCUUUCCAAAGCCAUGUCCCGUCUUGCAAGGUUAGCAAAGGGCAGGUCAUAUGUACUGGCGGCUCUUGCAAAGGCGCUACGCAAAGCGGCUUUUGCAAACCCAUCGAUAAUUGGUAUCCUUCCCUUCGAAGAGUAUAUUCUGGACUUUAUUAAUGAUCCCGCCUCGAUCAGAUCCGAGUUCUUGUUCGAGGUCGUGGCUGCUGAAAAGCUGCAGCAAUAUCUACCGCACCGAACGUACACGUCCUACUAUGGAUUACGAGAGUGGCAUGCCUACACAGCUGUUCUGGACAUGUUGCGACGUUUCCCCGAGGGACAGCUGGAUGUUGCUAAAAGUAUACUGGGCCGCCUGCUCCAGCCUUGGAAAGACCAGCAACCGCCAGUCGCCGUCAAAAGUCCCUGGAAAAAGACGCUGCAGCUACAGGCGAUGCUGUUGCUGAGCCAUUACUGCAUCGUUGAGUCGGAUGCAGAUGGGUAUCUCGACGGACUCACUCAUGCCUUGACAUUGGAAUCAUGGCCACGCUAUCGUCAUCUACUCGAAUGGACCACGGCUCGCAUCUACCGCCAGUUCCCAGGCAAGUCUUCCAGGAUCAUAGAGCAGCUCCAGAAUUUGGAUGAGCAUAGCCCCAUACAUAUCGCCAGCCUGGUCAAACUUGGCCUUCUUGUCGCGCCCUAUGAGCCUGAGGACUUCACCGCCAAGCUCAUGAUGCAGCUCAACGCGUAUUCGGCCAGUCCCAAAGUCCAGAUACGCCAUGAAGCCAAUUUCGCGUUCCCACUCGUCUUUGAUCUUUCAACCCAGAAGGGCUGGAAGAGCAUCAUCGAGAAUCCCGCCCUUAUGGCUAUGGAUGCUUUUAUCCGACGUCUGGACAAGUUUAGCGCAUCGCCGUGGACGAUAAGGACAUUAAAGGUCGACAUUGAAGCCGACUUCACCAUGGUGGGCAUUUUCCAGGGACGUUAUCUUUCCAUUGAAACACCAGAAGAUGAGGUGGUCACACACGAAGACUUCGAGGUGCUUGAAUGUGAUGACCAAGCAGCGCAUGUCGCGCGCCCUCCCGCCCUCAUACCUUUAGGAACGGGACCAGAAAAAGAGACGACCGUUGACACGCCAGCGAAUGCGCCUCUCCCGACCAAGUCGACUGCGGAUCAAAGCAGCCAGAUCACACUGCAAACCAAAGCCGGCAUCGACCUAGACAACCUGCAUCCGGCGAGCGGUCCGCCAAGCAUGCAAAACCAGCGCCCCGCGUCGGUGAUGCUCAUCGCAUCGCUAAUCGACAACCCUACCAACUUGGGAGGGCUUUCACGUAUUUCCGAGUCGUUUGGGCUAGAGGCACUAUACAUUGACGACGUCAAGAAGGUUGCGCACAAGGAUUUCAAGGCGACGAGUGUGCGGUCAGAGAAGCACCUUGCUAUCAAAGAGCUGAAAGAAGCGGGUGUUCCUGCGUUCCUUCUGGAAGCGAAGAGCCAGGGAUACGAAGUUGUCGGCAUCGAACAAACGGACCGUAGUGGUAUUCUGGGGUAUGAAGGUGUCGAUGGCGCGUACCUAGGUGACGGGGAUGCGAUAGAAACGGUUGGCCAUCAGGACGUGGGGACGCUGCCCAAGAAGUGCUGCUUAGUGCUGGGAAGCGAGAAAGAAGGCAUUUCAGCCGAGGUGCUGGCGGUGAUUGACCGCAACGUGGAAAUCAAGACUGUGGGCGUCACGCGAAGUCUAAAUGUGCAGACAGCAGGCGGGAUUGCCUUGUAUGAGUGGUGGAGGGAGUGGGGCGGGUAGCUAGGCCGCAAAGGGACACGUGGGAGGGGUUCGCAAAGACGCUUUUUCGCCAGCGUGUAGUAGUAGCGCUCUUCCACCACGGCCUGAAACUAUCUCAACUGCUCUCUGAAAGACGAACCGCCUUUAAUCUCCAAACAGCCCUUUCAGAUGACGGCCAAACC